AUGACAUCAACAACCCACGAGCAAAAGAGUCGCCUUGACGACCUGUCAAUGCCCUUCGAGCCAGACCUGAAUGACGACUUCUACUCCGAGUUCUUAGACUUUGGACCAGGAAACAAUGCCUUCUUCGAAACUCUUCUGGACCCGUCCGAACCCCUCCUCAACUCCUUGCCGCCCAUUGAUCUCGACAAUGCCAUGAAUGCUUCUGGUGUCCAGCCUUCAGCUACCGGAUGCAACUUGGCUUGCCUGAAGGAAGUCAGCGACUGUUCGAGCAUUCCGUUCCCCACUGGCAGCCUCACGACGAUGAUCCACAACAGCAGCAGAGAAUUCUGCCAGUACUAG